CUCGACAUUUCAUCAUGCUGGAACUCCGCAUCCAUGAAGAUAGAUCAUCGCACGCAACAGAGUUCAAAGUAGCAGGUAGUCAUGCUCAUUCGGACGAUUUGAGAAGGCCCCCUGUCGUUAGGGACCACUUGAUUCGGACUCCGACCCUUGCCGGAGCCUUCAUCUCAUUUGCGCUGAAGAAACCGCGCUGGAGACAAGCACUGCCUCUUCGAGCGGUCUCCUUUCGUUGCCGGCGGAGCUGAGGGUGAGCACUACUUCUCUGGACCAGACCAGAAGAACGAGACUCUGUGGAAUGAUGUGGAAAAAAAGCCAGAGAGGUCACAGAAUCUAGCUGUCGCCCGUGGGUGUCGGCAACUCUGGCUGAAGCAACAUUGCAAAAUGUUCCUGUCAGACACGUCAGCCACCAAGAGGUCACCAUUCAUCGUCGGUGCCAGCCGAGACAUGAUCAUCCCAGAUGGCGAAUGCAGUUCGCCUUGCAAGAUUGAAGUAGACCUCAAUCGCUCCGAAUUAGAGCAAACCGGAACACUCCUGGAUAUGGCCGUGACUCGGCAUGUGUAUAAAGAAUAAGACGAGCAGUGAUGGACAUUCUUAGAGUGCAUGGCGAACCAGUGGUGGCAGAAGAGAAUCUUUGGGAUAUCU